GUUGUCCUUCCGUACAUUCCCAUCCCUCCUUCAUCUUCUUGUCGGUGUACCUCGGACGUCAGAGUGAAUCUCCUCAGAAGCUCGAUUCAUUUGCAUGGCAUCAUGGUCGCUCGGUUCCAGAGAGCGUUAUCUGCCCAACAUGGCUCGUCUGACGAAGAGGAAGCCUUUGCAACAGAAGGUGGCCCUCCUGGAGAAGCCGCACAGCACGGCAAUGUGGCCUUGUCAGAAUCGGUGCUGAGCGAGGAAAGUUCUAUAUUCAACGCUCUAAGGACAAACUCUGGGACUGAAGACGCUGGCCCGAGACUUGGCCCCGGUUGUCCAACACAUGGCAAUGCGGAUAGCAGGAUAGCAGCCAAUAUGGCCAUGUUCAUUCCCCUCGCACCAGAGGCGACGGACGCUGCCCAGCGGCUGAACCGCGAGCCGAAGUAUUGCGCGGAACAGAAAUCCCAGUCUUCUGGCUGGCAUCCUCAGUUAUCUCUGGACAGCCGUGUGUUAUCCACAGACGAAGGGAAGGCGAUAGUAGCAUCACCCCCAGACGAUUCGUUGAAGCAACACCUCCUUGACGCGUUGCAUCUCCGGAAGGCAGUUAGUCUCAAUGAUGCGGAUGAUACCUCCAGGACAUUCAAAUGGCCUGGAAGUCACGACUCGCCCGUGAGCCCUGUCCUUCCCAGUUAUCCUCCGCCAGUACGAGCGCCCACUCCGCCUGGGCUCCCAUCUUUUGGUACUCGAGAAGCCGUCUAUUACUCCGCCCAAUAUCCGGUUCGCUCUGCCACCAUCAGUGGGCAAGUUCAGCAACCCGCUCCAAACUCGGCCAGUAACGCUUGCAGGCGUGUUUCCAAUGGCACUAGGGCUGGGUCUUACGGAGGGAUGCUGCGAAGGUUCCUCAGUUUUUCUUCAUCCACUCCCACGCAACCUAAACGACAGGCAUACACCGUGGCAAGGGCAGAAGAUGGUACCGCUGUCCAAGGUCGCUUUCCUUACAGACAGAGUGGACACGGGAUGAAUCUAGCCAGACGAUUAGAGGAUCAUCCGUUCCACCGAACUGCCGUCUCUGCAGUCCCAGAAGAUCACGUCGACGUCGAUGGCGGUGCUAGGCAGAACGAUGCGGACCACCGCGACUCAAAGCAGGAGCAGGCCGACCCUGUGGAGCCUUUGAAUCUAGGCGCGGGCCGUCGGAUGCGAAGAGCUCGUCCCCAGAUUGCCCUGAAUAGCUUACUACCUUUGCCUCGCCCUGUUCUGGCGGACACACCACAACGGCCUGUCUCAGCAAAUCCUUCUCUUCCUACAUGCAGGGUUGACUCUUUUCACACUUGCGCUUCUCACUCACAAGUUCCUGGCGUGUCUAGGCACACAGAAUCCCUCGAUGCUCCCCAAGGCGCUGAGAGAUCGGGCGAUUCUGCGGCAUGCUUCCUUGCACCCACGCAGUCACCCCCAGUAUCCACAGCACAAGAAGGAUGUCGAUUAGCUAACGUCCCCACUGGCCCUUGGCUACAAUCGCUACGUAUCGUCAACUCCUGGUUUUUCUGUUGCUUGGGUGCUCGGAAUGAGCGAGAUACCGUCAUUUAUUCGAAUACGACCUCCAAUGACACAUACGUGACUGCAAGAAGCCACGCAUCAAAUGACAGCGCAGGGGAACGUCCUCGCCCUAGUGGCCCUGAAGACCAGGCCCAAAGCCCGCGACGGUGGUUCUCAGAAACCUGGAUGUCGCUCCAGAUGUUUGCUUCUCGCAACUUCCUGGCUAUGAGCCCGAUGCCGGCUUAAGUCAUCAAGACCAGUAUACUUUGUGUAAGGUUGUUGUAUCAUCAGCACAUAUAUUGUGAUGGGGUGCGCCGGAUACAAUUGGUUCUUAACUGCUUUCCAGCCUUGAAAGGCGAUGCUCGGCGGCAACUAGUAAAUAUGCAAGAUGAUUCAUCGGGGUGUUGUUUGCUUUGAUUGUUGAAGCUGCUAGCGCUAUCCUCUAGAAAUGUGACUACAUACAACAAGGCCUAAUUGCUGGCAUUGCUAUUACCUAAGUCAUAGAUGAACAACAGGCGUAGUCAUUUCGUAUCAGCUAAGACAUGAACCAACCGACUCCAUCGCUCCUAUGCCGAAAUGCUCUAAGAAGGAAAUAUGAACAGACACAUGAAGCCUGUCAAGGCCAACAUUGAUUAUUCAUCCAUGGGGGGAAAGGGCGACAAGCGCGCCACUGGAAAAAUGUAAACACGCAUAUUCUCAUGCAAUAUGGACAAAAGAUGAAAUCACGG